AUGGAAGAAAAGUUAACUUCUCCAGAUUCUGCUUUAAAUAUUCAAGAUUACGAAAGUAGUGAAACCAUGCAGAUAGAUGAAGAAGCAGUACCAAAAGAUUUUUAUUCUCAACAAGUGCAAGUUCAAAAAAAUUUGAUUGCAAAUAGAGUAUUAAUAGUUGACUGGGAUACUUGGAAGAAAUGCGAGUAG